AGGAGUGAACGACUUAUUUGGUCUGUCUACGGAAGACUAGCCACCUCAGGCUGUUUACACACACCGCCUUCCACAUGACUCAAACACACACUUUGUGACUCCUUUCACCAAUAGAUUGCAAGACUUCUAGUCACAUCAACAGAUCUUCUGCAUCAUUGAACAUCAAGGAUGACAAGCCAACUUCAUCCACUCGAGAUUAAUCCCCAAACUGGGGAACCAUUCCUCCGGCUUGCCGCACCACACCAGAACAUUAUUGUCACCCCACCUCGACAGGGAGAUCAGUCUGUAACCAUACAGCAUAUAAACGAUCCGGCUAUUUACAGAUGGUUAGAGAACCCCCCAAUUCCGUAUCUACCGGAACACGCGAACUCUUGGAUCCAGUCUGUAAGAAAGGAAUCAGAUGUUACUUUGGAAUAUCUACGAAAGAGUGCGGAGGAAUUCCCUGAUGGCCCGCUUCAGUUCGUGGAUGCAUGCCCUGUGCGGCAUAUUAGGGAAGUCAAAGAGGACGGGACGGAUGAUCUUCUAGGAGACGUGAAUUUCAGAAGAAGUCCAUUCGAGGAGGUACUAGAUGAAGUGGAACGGAAGCAAAUGCAGGAAGAUAAUGCGAAAAAGCAAGCAGGAGAUCCGACGAUUGUGUAUGCCAUUGGAGACUGGCUCGCUGCGAGCCACCACGGAAGGGGCAUCAUGACUGCAGCAAUCGGUCUAUUGAUGACCGCUUGGGGGAUCCCUAGGAUGGGAGUUCGCCAUGUUGUAGCGCACACUUUUGCUGGGAAUAUUGGUAGUAACCGAGUUUUUGAGAAGAACGGGUUUGUGAACAGAGGGCUGUUCGACAACGGGAAAAUAGCUAGAGGAGAGAAGAAGAUAAUGACCCUUCUUGAGUGGAAACACGAGCAGUAGAAACGACCGUCGACAUGUGACUGUAUUUAUUUUCAAGGUAUUUAUUAGUGAUCACGUGCAAUCAAAUUCGGCUAGAUAAGA